AUGUCUUCUGAAAUCCUAAAAUCAGCAUGGAAAGUAAUUCCCAUGUUCCAAUCCCGCUCUAUACCUCUCACGAUUAAAUUCUACACCGAGAAGCUCGGUUUCGAACUCGCCAGCGUAAAACCCGAAGGCUCAUCCGAGGAAGACCCCUCUGAACAGACAUUCUGUUCCUUAUUCAUUGGCAAAAAAGCAGACGCCAACUUCUACUUCUCAAAAGCAACUGGGGAUUUCACCCCGUCGCAGGCGACGAUUGCACUAGGAACCUCGGAGUUGGAUGAAUAUUAUAAUCAUCUGAGAUCUAUUGAUGUUGAUAUUGUGGAAGAUGUUGAGGAUACACCGUGGGGGUAUAGACAGUUCUCGGUCAAGGAUAAUGAUGGGAAUCUCUUGACUUUUUUCAAGUUUCUGGAGGGGGGAAUCCGGGGGAAGACUGAGUUAUACCUAGCCCUGUCUGGUUCUAAGAAGUAUGAGGGUCAGCACUGCGCUCACGCUGUCGACGCCAAUCCCAAUAUCUUCCGAAGGGAUCUUGGAGGCGUUACUAGUUCCAUGGUCCUAAAAGCUACCAUGGACACUUGA